AUGGCUUCCGCCGUCGUCUCCGCAGACGAGGCUCUCGAGCCCUCGCUCCAGUCCCUUCUCGAUCAGCGCAGCCUGCGCUGGGUCUUUGUGGGCGGAAAAGGUGGUGUAGGAAAGACGACGACUUCGUGCUCUCUCGCCAUCCAGCUCGCCCGCGUCCGACGCUCGGUCCUGCUCAUCAGUACCGACCCUGCACACAACCUCUCGGAUGCCUUCAACCAAAAGUUCGGCAAGGAGGCGCGCCUGGUCAACGGCUUCGAGAACCUCAGCGCCAUGGAGAUCGACCCCAACGGCAGCUUGCAGGACUUGAUCGCCAAUCAGGGCGAGGGUGGUGCGGACCAGGACGCGAACGCUAUCGGCGGCGGGAUGGGCAGUAUGAUGCAAGAUCUUGCCUUUGCUAUCCCCGGAAUCGAUGAGGCCAUGUCCUUCGCCGAAGUCCUCAAGCAGGUCAAGUCCCUGUCGUACGAAACGAUCGUCUUCGACACGGCUCCGACAGGCCACACCCUCCGCUUCCUGCAGUUCCCCUCGACGCUCGAGAAGGCCCUGGCCAAGGUGUCCCAGCUGUCGUCGCAGUACGGCCCUCUGCUCAACGGCGUCCUCGGUGCCGGCGGCCAGCUGCCCAACGGCCAGAACCUCAACGAGAUGAUGGAGAAGCUCGAGUCCCUGCGCCAGACGAUCUCCGAGGUCAACACGCAGUUCAAGAACGCCGAGCUCACCACGUUCGUCUGCGUCUGCAUCGCCGAGUUCCUCAGCCUGUACGAGACGGAGCGCAUGAUCCAGGAGCUCACGGGAUACAGCAUCGAUACCCACUCCAUCGUCGUCAACCAGCUCCUGUUCCCCGGAAGCUCGAGCGACUGCGCCCAGUGCAACGCUCGUAGGAAGAUGCAGCGCAAGUACCUGGACCAGUACGAGGAGCUCUACUCCGAGGACUUCAACGUCGUCAAGAUGCCCCUCCUUGUCGAGGAGGUCCGCGGCAAGGAGAAGCUUGAGAAGUUCAGCGAGAUGCUCGUCAAGCCGUAUGUGCCGCCAGAGUAG